CUGUAUAAGACAUUUUUGCCGCAAAAUAAUAAAUCAAAAUAUAAUUUCCAAAGUUUUUAUUGUGUCAAUAAAAUACCCAUAAGUUUCGCGAAUAAUAUAAUAUUUGUGUAGAAAUAUGAAUACAUUAUUGAAAUCACUAUUCAUAUUGUGUUUAACACUUUCGUACGCUUAUUGCCAGGAGACGGAGGAUGCGGAUGACUCGGCCGUCGAUGUGGUGCCAGCAAUAAAUGUACCCGGCACAGAUAUAUCCCUAAACCCUCGCAACUACACCAGCAUAUUCCGGGACAUGAGGGACAUGGCGGUGGACGGGUGGAACCGGAUGCGAAAGCACGUACAGGACAGGUGGCAGCGGUCCAUUGAGCGCCUACAGCGAAAGUCCGUGGAGUCCAUGGAAAGGCUACAGAGAUACGUGUCGGAGCGCAUGGAAAAGGCUACCGACGACUCCACCAAACAGUACCUCCAGUCCCUCAAUAAUAAUAUACAACAGAUUACCGACGCGCUCAGGAACCUCAUGACUAACGUCCAGCAACAGCCCGGUGCCGGUGGGGAGGGCCUGUCACCUGCCUAUAAGCUAGACGCACGUAACCUUGAUACGCUAACCGUCGGGAACGCCUACUGGAAAGGCAUUACAUUAUAUUCACCCAGGGCUUACAGCCAACAAAAUGAUGAGUCGGAAGGGGAUGGGAAGGAGUUGGGGGACAGUAAGCCGUCGUUGAAAUGCGAGAACGAAAACCCUAUGAAACCUAAACCCAAAAGUAAGCCGAAGAGGAAUAAUAAGAUGAAAGAAGAGCCCAAAGAUGAGGACCCGGAUAAUGAGGACAAGAAACCAGAGUCUGGUGGCGACGAGGAUGAGGACGAGAAACCAGAUUCCGGUGAUAACCAGAAGCCCAAGAAAAACGCGAAGAAACCUAAAGAACCCAAAGAUGACGACAAAGACCCGGAAGAAGACGACGAAGAAUCUGAUGAUAAGAAACCCGCGAAACAGAAGCCGAAGAAUAAUAAAAAGGAUAAUAAGAAACCGAAAAAAGAUGACAAAAAUGGCGGCGACGACGACGAGGAGGAGGACUGGCCGUCGGGUGAAGAACCAGAGGAACCGGAGUUAGAGACACCCGAAAAGGAGAGACCGGACCCGCGAAAGGAUAGUAAGAAUAAACCGAAACCCAAACCAAAAUCGGGUAAAAAACCGGAGAAAGAACCCGAAAAAGACGAACCAAAACCCGACGAAAAACCGGACGAACCGGAAGAGGAGCCUAAAGACGACGACCAGAAACCCAAACCUAAACCCAAACCUAAAUCUAAACCCAAACCAAAAGCAGAUGAAAAGGAACCGGAAGAUAAAGACGAACCCAAACCCGAAGAUUCUGAUGAUAAGGACGAGGAGCCAAAGGACGACCAGAAACCCAAACCUAAACCCAAACCAAAAUCGGGUAAAAAUGAGCCGAAAGAGAGUCCUGAAGAGGGAGACGAUCCGAUACCCGACGAAAAACCGGACGAACCGGAAGAGGAGCCCAAAGACGACGACCAGAAGCCUAAACCCAAACCCAAACCAAAGUCGGAUCAAAAGCAGCCGAAAGAGAACAACCCCGAAAACCCGGACGACUCGGAUGAGCCAAAAGAGCCCCAGAAUGAGCCCAAACCGGACGACCCGAAAGAUGAUGAACAACAGCCGCCUAAACAGAAACCGAAACUAAACCCCAGAAGUCAGUCAAAACCCAAACCCAAACCGACGCCUCCCGAAGAGAGCUGGCCGGAGGACGAGGAACCGGAGGAUCAGUCGCCCCCAAAACAGCCCAAACCUAAUGCUAAUAAACCACAGAAACCCCCGAAGGGUGAGGACGACGAUCAGCCCCCAGAAGAUACCGGCGCUGAUGACGAGGAACCGCCUAAACAGCCGCCGAAGCCUAAGAAAAAUAAGCCUAAAAAUAGGCCGAAACCCCAGGAGUCGGACGACAAUCCCGACGAGCCUGAGAACCAGUCGCCCCCUCCCGGUGCUGAUGAUGACGAACAACAGCCUAAACCCAAACGACCCACUAAUGGGCCCAAAAAUCACCCGAAAAACAAACGCCAACCCAAAGAGCCGGAACCCGAUGAGGAGAAUCCGGAUGAUGACAAUCAGGCGCCGGGCGCUGAGGGAAAGCCUAAAAAUAAGCCCAAAAAGCCGUCGAAACCCCAGAAACAACAGCCGCCGGAGGACGAGGACGAGGAGCAGCCUAACAGCGAUGAUGAGGAACAACAGCCUAAACCUAAACCCAAACCCAAACCCAAGUCCAAUAAAAAGCCCAAAAAACCGGAAGACCCGGAGAAUCAGGAACAGCCCGAUAGUGAUGAGCAACAGCCCAAACCUGACGGACAGGGAGGUCCCGGCGAUGAUGAGGAGCAGCAGCCGCCCAAACAGCCUAAACAGAAACCAAAGGGUCGCCCAAAACAGCCCAAACCCAAAAAGCCUGAGAACGAGGAGCCGGCGCAGCCCGAGGGCGACGACGAGGAACCGGAGGCACAGCCGCCUAAACCCAAGUCCCGUAAAAAUAAGCCUAAAAAGCCUGAAGACGAGGAACAGCCGGCGCCCGACGAGGGUAUGGAACGAGAGGACGAACCCAUGGAAAAGCCCGCCCCUGACGAGGACGAGUCGGAGCGCCCGGACGGUCAACCCCAGGACCCCAACAAACCUAAAGUUACAAAAAUACCGGUAUAUCCGCCGAACUGCAUACCAAUCCCACCGCCCGGUUCGUCUCUAUCACCCCAAAGCCCGUUCAGACCCCCCGUGACCACCACUACCACCCGUAUCUACCCGUCCAUAUUCAGCAUACCGCGACCGUCGAGUACCUACCCGUUCAGGCGGGUGUAUGAGGUGCCGGUGAUAAGGCCGGGACAAGUGGACCCGUUGGCCCCCUGGACCCGCCCCCAGAGGCUCCGGCAGCUCAUGCAGGAUAUGAUACAAAUGGAGCUGGCUAAGUUUGGCAAAAUGUUCACCAAACUAAAGGACUCCUCGGAGGAUGAUAGGGAGAGGACGGCCAUGGAUCAGGUGAUGGCCGGGUGUCAGCACUUUCAGACAGUGCUCAGGAAUAACCAGUUGUUUGACUUUAAAGAGUUAAUGAAAGAUCAGUUUAAACCUAAUGAGACUCCCGGUGCUGAUGGCGGUGAGGGUGAGGCACCGGCAGGUGGUGGUGAACAGCCGACUAAUGCGGAGGGUCCGGAAAGUGGGCCAAACACGGGUCCGAUAUUCAGUAUUUCCCGUCUGAUUAGACUUAAC